UGCGAGGGCGCGCCCCGCGAAUGCGAGGGUGAUUCUCGAGCUUGGUUCGAUGAUUUGAUCGCGCUACCGGUCUCGAGGAGCAUUUCACACAUUUAGCACUUGGUGGUGAAGGAAUGAGUAUGUUCUAGGAGCAACUAUGACGGGUCAGUGUUUUGCGGCUUCAUUCAUCACCAUUGCGGGGUUGCAGGCUUUUGUUCAGGCUUUUGUUCGGGCUGCAGUUUUUAUGCCUCAAUCAUUCUCAGUCGUGUAGAAGGAGAGAGCGAGACUUUUAAAAGGGCAGCCAACUCUUCUACAGUAGGUGCGGAACGAGGUGACAUAUUGCGAAUCCUGUACUCGGGCGUGGCAGUGGGGGUCCCCCCUGCACAAAAAGAAGGCCGAAAUAAAAAAGGAAAGGAAAGCAGGCUACAGUGCUUCGAUCAUGAUCGACACGGCUAUUACAGAUUCCCUGUGAUUGCUGCGGCUGGAGCUUAUUCUCGGAUUGGAAGCUUGCUCCAAAGAGGCAGAGCGGAAGAGAAUCAGAUUCGGAGAUGGCUCGGUCAUACUUGUGACAACCGUUAACUCUGGUACUUUUGGCCCCGAGGCUUGCCCUCUUUUGGAAGCGGUCAAGGCAUGGAGCUCUGAUCAAAGUGGAGCUACUGUUACAGGUCUUUUAGCGCUUGGAGGAAGUAAUGGGGUCGGAGGGAGUUCCCGUCACCAGAAUUCACGUCACUGGAUUCAAGAAGUUCCAUGGAGUGGCCAAGAAUCCAACCGAAGUUAUAGUCGGCAGGCUGUCGAGCUACUUCAAGGAUGGCGGCCUCCCGCAGGGAUUCACUCUGGAGAGCGCUACGGUCCUGGAGACGGCAGGAGAGGGUGCUCUCCCGACUCUUAUGGAUCUGCUGGAUGCUGCGAUAUCGCCACCGUCGUCCUCGGCUCACAGAAAGCUCGGGAGUUUCAUCGAGCAGCCAGAUCCAUCGUCUGGUCGAGUCCUCUGGAUACACUUUGGCGUGAACAGUGGAGCUUCGAGAUUUGCGAUUGAGCGCCGCGCCGUCAACGAAGCUACAUUCCGUUGCCCGGAUGAAAUGGGAUGGCAGCCGCAGAGGGUCCAGAUUGCGCCGGAGGACGGGCCUCUUUCGGCAACCCGCGAGACGACGCUGCCAGCGGCCGAGAUCGUCCGCUGCCUCGCGUCCAAAGGCUUCGAGGUGACGCUGUCGGACGACGCAGGGCGAUUCGUGUGCAACUACGUUUACUACCAGUCGCUGCGGCACGCUCGCGCCAACGGGACUGUGUGUAUAUUUGUACAUGUGCCAUUGUUCUCUAGAAUUGAAGAGGACGUCCAAAUGCAGUUUGUGGCUUCGCUCAUGGAGGUUUUGGCUCAAGAGCUCCAGUGAUGACCAUCUUCGAUAUAUAUCGUCUUAUCUUCUACCAAUCUCUCGAUUAUUUGUACUCUUUCCAUCUUAUCCUAUCUCGGUGGCUCGAUUUUAUACGACUCCUAAUGCUCUCAAUAAUAUUGUUCCAUUUCAAUCGUG